AUGGCCGACAAUUUUGAUUCAGGGGAUCUAUUCCAAGAUCCGGACGGAUACUAUCCGGAAGAUGCAGCCCCUACUUUUGCCGAGCAUUGCAUGUUGUCCGGUCAGAAGGUCCGGGUUCGUCUCGUCGGCGACCAUCCUCUCUAUGGCAAUCUACUCUGGAAUGCUGGUCGCACCAGCUCCCAUUACAUUGAGGAGCACACUGAGGAUCUCAUCAAAAACAGAGAUGUUCUCGAGAUUGGGGCAGCAGCAGGCGUCCCCAGUAUCGUGAGCGCAAUUCAAGGAGCACGCACCGUCGUGUUAACCGACUACCCUGACCCAGAUCUCGUUUCAAACAUGCAAUACAACGCUGAUCUGUCUGCAAGUGCCAUCCCAGCUAGAGAUGAUGGCUUGCGCCGUCUCCACGUGGAUGGCUACAAAUGGGGCAGCGAUGUGGGCAAGCUGCGCGCAUAUCUGCCACCUGCGGCCGAUGGCUCUCCUGGACUGUUCGAUGUACUCAUCAUGGCCGAUGUGGUGUACAGCCACCGCGAGCAUCCGAAUUUGAUCAAGACUAUGCAAGAGACCAUGAAAAAGAGUCCCGAGUCUGUCGCUUUGGUCAUCUUCACCCCUUACCAGCCCUGGCUUCUACCCAAGACUGAACAGUUCUUCCCCUUGGCUGAAGCAAGUGGGUUCACAGUUACCAAGAUCUUCCAGAAAGUCGUUGAUGCGGUUCUUUUCGAAGAUGAUCCCGGUGAUGAAAAAUUGCGAAGAACCGUGUUUGGAUAUCAAAUUCGGUGGUCAGCAGAGGAAUUGGCUUCAUCCAAGGCUUAG